CACUCUCAUACCACAUACCCCUCCUUGUUAUUUGGUCACAAUGGCACAACAAGGUACGCAUGAUGGCGUCACAGAAGAUGAAGCUGCACUCUACGAUCGUCAAAUUCGAUUGUGGGGAUUAGAAGCACAAGGAAAGAUUCGUACAUCACAUAUCUUGGUAAUCAAUUUGGAUGGGCUAACGACGGAAGCGAUCAAGAAUUGGGUCUUGGCUGGUAUCCAGAGAUUGACUUUGAUAGAUUUUCGUCCACACACACAAUGGAAUGAUCUGUCUGCAGGAUUCUUCUGGCGAGAAGAAGAUGUAGGUGAAUCGAUAGAUAGAUUAACACCUGCUGCUGCUCGCAUUCAGGCUCUCAAUCCUCUGGUCAAGAUUGAGGUAUUACCUUCUUCAUCUCUCAAAGACCUUUUGGAUCCUUCUUCUUCUUCAUUGGCAGAUUUGAAGCCAAGCGUCAUGGUCAUCGGUAUUCCUUCCGGACCGCAAAGUCUAUCAGCACAAUGGAACAAAGAUUCUUUAAUCACUUUGAACGAUCGAUCUCGUCAAUUAGGAAUACCAUUUUACAUUUCAGGCAGUCAAGGUUUCAAUGGAUUCAUCUUUAGCGAUUUAGGAGACUCGCAUCAAUACGUGAUCGAAAAGCCAGAAGUGAACGCUCCCCUUCCUGCUUCGACGGUCGAGGGUGCUGCUUUGGCUGUUCCAUCUUCCUCGAAACGUUUGGAGAAGGUCAAACAAGAGUUUGUGCCCCUACGAAAAGCCUUGGACAAGACAUGGAAAGGACUUCCUCGUGCUCAACUGAGACGUCAGAAGCCCAGUUUGGGAUACCUUGGUGUAUUGGCGUUGUGGGAAUUGAGCGGAGAUGGCAAGAUCCCUUCGACGGAAGAAUUGGCAAGCACUUGCAAAAGUCUCAUCGAAGAGCGUGGUCUUGAUUUAAAGACAUUGCUGGUAUCAGAAGAGGACUUUACUGCAUUUAUUGAUGCUCUGAGCAUCAGUCUGUCUCAACCAGGAGAAUUCUCGCCUACAUGCGCGAUGGUUGGUGGAGUCUUAUCUCAGGAUGUCCUCAACGCGAUUGGAGGAAGGGAAGCACCUUUGGUCAAUUGGUUCCAAUUAGAAGGCUUGACUGGUUCUGGCCAAAUUCAUGCACUGUCCACGCCACCCAGCAGUAUCAUACCGCCAACUGCAAUCUAG